AUGUUUCACUACCAUUAUAUACCUGUGGGCGAUAACUUUGAACGUGCUCUUCCUAUGCUGACACUCAAUAAAGUAGACCUUGUUGAGCAAGUGUUUGGUAGACCUGUAAGCCAUUAUGCGCACAGAGCAGAUGUAGUACGCUUACAGGUAUUACAAGAAUUUGGUGGCAUUUAUCUUGAUCUUGACGUGAUUUCCUUAAAGCCACUUGACCAUUUACUUGACCGCGAAUUCAUUAUGGCUCAAGAAGGCAUUGAUGGUGCUGUUGGGUUAUGUAAUGCUGUGAUCAUGUCUCGUCCUCAUGCACGGUUCAUUCAGCGCUGGUAUGCUACCUAUGCUUCGUUUGACUAUAAUGACUGGAAUUAUCAUUCAGUUGUCUUGCCUGGUAAAUUAGCACCUUAUUUUAACAAGGAAAUCACUGUCUUGAAUCAUACUGCAUUCUUUUGGCCGCUAUGGGAUAGCCAUGGACUACGUACGCUCUAUCUCGAAAAGAGUUAUGAUUUCUCAGCCAAUUUAGGCACACAUAUCUGGGAGUCAGCUGCCAAUAAGAACCUGAUGAAAGAUUUAAGCCAAAAAGUGAUUAUGGAGAUUGACAAUAGUCUGUAUUGUCAACUGAGACCUUUUAUGUUGGAUGGCAAGCCAGAUCCUCGACCAGGUUCAUGCCGUAUCCUAUCCCAUUCUGAGAGAAUAGAUCAGCUUGUAGGAUAUUGGCCCUUAUUUGACCAACAAGCACAAGAGAUAGACCCUCUACCAGCAAAGGAUAUAUCCGGUAACCAUCUGAAUGGGUUAAUUCGUCAUGGUAAAUACACAGACACUGGUGUCUAUCUAUCUGGAGACACAAGUUAUCUGUUUCUUCCUAUGCCUACACAAACAAUGGCUCAACUCCUCACUGUCAGUUGGUGGAUGAAGACAGCAACCAAGCAAGAUGGACGUAUGGUGAUGGUAGUCCAAACAGACCAUGGAAGGAUCUGUAUUACAACACAUGCGAUACAAAAUGGUCUCUCACUUCAAGUCAAGACAUUACAAAGAAAUGAUGCAUGGGCAUGGACUCCAGUACAAGACUUGCAUGUUCGACCUUCUCUUUACACUGUGAAUGAUGGUCAAUAUCACCAGUAUAUAUUUGUGAUAGAUCAUUCAGCCAACACAAGAGGUCAGCCUGCAUUGGUGUUGUACAUGGAUGGCUAUGUGGUAGCAAGUCGAGUAGAUUGGAGGUUGCCACCCUCUAUGGGGUCUGUUGUACGAGGCAUUUGGUUUGGUUCUAUUGAACCCUUAAAUGACAAAUACCAAGAUCCUUGGGACAAUUCUGUUAGUUUAGAAGCUGAAUUUAGAGACAUUCAGAUUUGGGAAAGAGGACUUGAUGUUACUGAAGUUGUUCAACAUACAAAUACAACUAACAAAGUCAGUAAAAAGAAGAACAAGACAAGCAGUAUUCCAUCUAAAUCAACAAAUACAAAUGAACCAGAACAACAAGACCAUGAAGAAUUAUGGGUAGACGAUCAACUAGAUGAUUAA